AUGGCCGAGUCCAAAAUUCCAGUAACUCAGGACGAGUUCAGCUGUUCAGUCUGUCUGGAAACACUGAGAGAUCCAAUAACUACACACUGUGGACACAGUUUCUGUAUGGUGUGUAUUAAUAACUGCUGGGAUCAGGAGGAUGAUAAGGGAACAUACAGCUGUCCACAGUGUAGACAAACAUUCACUCCAAGACCUGUUGUGAGUAAAAACAUUAUUCUGACUGGAGUUGUGGAGAACCUGAGGAAGAGAAAAUUCCAAGAUCCACUUCCUUCUGGACCUGAAGAUGUGGAGUGUGAUUCCUGCACUAGGAAAAAAUACAAAGCAGUUAAAUCCUGUCUGGUGUGUUUGGCCUCUUUCUGUGAAACUCACAUCCAACUUCACUAUGAAUCUCCUGCUUAUAAGAAGCACAAGCUGGUUGAAGCCUCCAGACGACUCAAGGAGCAGAUCUGCUCUCAGCAUUAUAAACUUCUGGAGGUUUACUGUCAUACUGAUCAGCAGUGUAUCUGCAUGUUGUGCACCAUGGAUGAUCAUAAAGGACAUGAUACAAUAUCAGCUGCAGCAGAAAGAACUGAGAAACAGAAGCAGCUGCUGGAGAUCCAGAGAAAAUUCCAGGAGAAAAUCCAGAACAGAGAGAAGGAAAUUUGUGAGUUGAUAAUCGCCGUGGAGUCUCACAAGGUAAGUUUUAUAAAUAAAGAUGUUCUUAUCCACACUUUCUGUCCUGGAACCAGAAUGGAUGUUUGUCGGUUCACACUGGAUCCAAACACAGUAAAUAAAAACCUCCGUCUGUCUGAGGAGAACAAAGUGGUGACCUGCAGUGGAACAUUCCAGUCGUAUCCUGAUCAUCCAGAUAGAUUUGAUAGUUACUACCAGGGUCUGUGUAAAGAGAGUGUGAGUGGACGCUGUUACUGGGAGGUUGAGCUGAGUGGGAAUAAAAUGAUUUUUAUAGCAGUGUCAUAUAAAAGCAUCAGCAGGAAGGGAGAUGGUGUUGAGUGUGUGUUUGGACGGAAUGAUCACUCCUGGAGUUUGUUAUGUUCUCCAUCCAGUUUUUCAUUCUGGCACAAUAACAAAGAGACUGAAAUUCCCAUAAUGCCGAGUUCCUCUAGAAUAGGAGUGUAUGUGGAUUAUGAAGCAGGAACUCUGUCCUUCUACAGCGUCUCUGAUACAAUGAAGCUCCUCCACAGAGUUCAGACCACGUUCACUCAGCUCCUCUACCCGGGGUUUGGUCUUUAUUAUGGAUCAGAAGUGAAACUACUCUACAACGAGUCUCUUCACAGUCGAGGCAGCCAGAUCUAA